AAAACGACAAAGCAAAAGUUGACAGAGGUUUUCUGAAUUCCUAUUGAAAGUCUUCUAACUUCAGCUGGGAAAGUGUCACAGUUAAAAAAUAAUAUUUAUUCCGAAAUUUCAAACUUUUCCAAACUCUAAUAAUAGUUAAAAUGUUGUCUAUGGGCAUAUUGCGUCGCGCUCGACUGGGCUCCUUGCUAAAUGCAACGUUCGUGCGCAAGCAGAAGACCAUGCACAAUGUGGACAAGUGCGGCAUGCCGGCCAGGAAGGGCUAUUCGCCGUUUGGGCGCAAGCAGCCGAGGUGGGGCGAGUGGGCGGUGACUCGAUUGGACGACUUGCUCAACUGGGGUCGCAAGGGCUCCGUUUGGCCGAUGACCUUUGGCCUGGCCUGCUGCGCCGUGGAGAUGAUGCACAUUGCUGGGCCGCGCUACGACAUGGAUCGCUUUGGUGUCGUCUUUCGCGCCUCGCCGCGCCAAACGGACCUCAUCAUUGUCGCCGGCACCUUGACCAACAAAAUGGCGCCGGCUCUGCGCAAGAUCUACGACCAGAUGCCCGAGCCGCGCUGGGUCAUUUCCAUGGGCAGCUGCGCCAACGGCGGCGGCUACUAUCACUACUCGUAUUCGGUGGUCCGCGGCUGCGACCGCAUCAUACCCGUCGACAUCUACGUGCCCGGCUGCCCGCCCACAGCCGAGGCCCUGCUCUACGGCAUCCUGCAGUUGCAGAAGAAGAUCAAGCGCAUGCGCACCCUGCAAAUGUGGUACAGGAAGUAGGGGCGUUACUGGAGAAGAACGCUUUGGGAUUAUAACAGAAAUACAAUACCUUUAUACAAUUUCUACUCUAAUGGGCAAACACUUGCAGCAAAUACAUAUUUAUAUUCGACAAAUCAUUCAUUAAAUCAGACAAUAAAUGAGCGUUGAUUGAUUUGAGAAUCAAAAUAA